UGCUGUGGAUGUAGUCAGGCACGGCUCUGGUUGAGUGUCGGCGCGGCGGCUCCAUCAGCUCUGCUCCUCAUUGUACCCGCUACGCUCCAAUUAGAGCCGAAUUAAAGCAUUUCGGAUGCUCUGAGGGUCUCCUGUCCAACCGAGGAGAGCUGAGGGACGCAGACAGGGCCGCAGAUUAACUUUGAGUGCGGACAAGAUCGAGAAAGACGAGUAAGAGUUAUGCCCUCUGUGAUGGAGCGCUCUGGGGCCGGCGUCCUCUCCAGGAGCAGAGCCAAGACCGUUACCAACGGCAACAGCCAACCCCACUCUGAGGAGGAAAGCAGCGACGAAGAGCACGCUCACGACAGCAUGAUCAGAGUGGGAGGAGACUACCAGGCGCAGAUCCCAGAGUUCAAACCAGACAGUCCCAGUCGCUACACAGAGAAAGACCAGAGGAGCAUGCUGGUGUGGUGUCCCAACAGCCAGCUAUCUGAUGCCAUGUUGGACGAGUACAUCCUAAUGGCCAAGGAGAAGCACGGAUACAACAUGGAGCAGGCUCUAGGCAUGCUGCUGUGGCACAAACACGACGUGGAACGCUCCCUGGCAGACCUGGCUAACUUCACCCCAUUCCCGGAUGAGUGGACCGUGGAGGACAAAGUGCUGUUCGAGCAGGCCUUCAGUUUCCACGGCAAGAGUUUCCACCGCAUCCAGCAGAUGCUCCCAGACAAACUCAUCUCAAGCCUGGUCAAGUACUACUACAGCUGGAAAAAGACCCGCACCCGCACCUCUGUCAUGGACCGACAGGCACGCAGGCUGGUUAGCAAGCGAGAGAAGGAUGACAGUAAUGAUGAGAUGGAAGAGGGGGACCCAGGCAGUGACAGUGACUUUGAGGUCGAUGCUAAAAAGGAGGUAAAGGAGGCUGCCAAACAGAACCCCAAUGGCAGCGGGGGGGAUAAACUGAUGCCCAGUCGCACUGGAGCUGUGAAGAAGGAAAGCAUGGGGGCCCAAUACAGACACCACCCUCUGAGAGCCCGCCGCAGGCCCCCCAAAGGCAUGUACCUGGACAAGGGAGACAUCACUGCUGUGUCAGCCUCUCAUGAUGCAGGACAGCUCAGCAUACGGCAACUGGACACGCAGCUCGUGUCCCUCAAGAGACAGGUGCAAGCUAUCAAACAGACCAAUAGCAGUCUGAAGCACAGCCUGAGCGAGGGCGUGGACGUGUUUAAACCGAGCGAGCCUGCCACCAAGAUGAACUCUCGCUGGACCACUGAGGAGCAGCUGCUGGCUGUGCAGGCCAUUCGGCGCUAUGGGAAAGACUUCAGUGCCAUCGCUGAGGUUAUAGGCACAAAGACCCCGGCACAGGUCAGCUCCUUUUUUGUGACGUAUCGGCGCCGCUUUAACCUAGAUGAGGUGCUCAGAGAGUGGGCAGCUGAGCAGGUGUCCAGUAAAGACGCUCUCAAAGAAGAGGACAUGGGCCAUGGGACCGAAGGGGCCAAUGAAGAGGAUGAGGUGAAGAUGGAGGACUCUCCCUCUGAUGCCUCUGGUGGCUCUCCUCCUCCCUCGUCUGGACAACCCCCCUCUUCCCUGUCCCAGCCCCCACCCCUGCUAAGGCCUGCCCCCCCUGCAGCUCCACCGAGUCUGCUGCGCCAGCCACCACCCCUGCAGACACGCCCACUCCAGACACGCACACCCCACAACCACCCUCCCCCACCACUCAUCCGGCCCAACUCCACCUCCCCUGGGGCUGCUCAGGGCCCUCCCUCUCUGCUGGGGGCCAAGGUGGAGCAGACCACAUCCCAUUGACCCCGUGAGUGCCCAGUGACAUCACAAUAGUCCCUUUAAGACACACCUACCUCCUCAUGGGAGCCUGUGGUCGACCCGCCCCAUCAGACAAAGUGACUGUUUUAAGAUGAGCCAUGCUCCGUGUCAUAUGUACUCUUUUUCGACCAGAGGAGAGGAAGCUGUAGCUAGAUUCUUCAUAUGAGUAGCUUAGACCUUUUCUUAAGGAGCCACCGUUCUUCACAAGCUCAGAGCUGAAGCCAUGUAUGUGAUAAUGUUCAGGACAUAUUUACAUAGUUUAGUCUCUGUGACGGGACUGCUGACAGUGUUUAAAGCUCGGCCAAAGUUUGUCAGCUUCAGUUCGCACACAGUGCUUUAACAAACUUUCAAAUGGAUCAAAUCAAAGAGUGGUUCAUGUUUAGUGUCUGAGCACUGUAGAGAUGAGUGCUUUUUUUUUUUUUUUUUUUUUUUUAAAAACAAAACAAAAACUGUUUCCUAUGCUAAGCUAUGUGUGCAUUCUGAGACAGUUUCAUUGUUUAUUGAACUCAGAUUUUUUUUUUUAGAAUAAAAUGCUUUAAAGUG